UUUUCCCGAGAAGUCAAAACAACCGUUGGCUGCGGUAACGGUCGCUCCUCGGAGCUUCUCGGAAAUCCGUUUGAUGUAGCUCCCAACAAAUUAUCUCUGUAACGUUCACAGCGGCGCUUAGCUUAACUCGCAGUUUAGCCCAGGCUUCUUCUUUUUUUUUCUUUCCUCCAGCAUAUUCAGUCACUCAAAGAAAAAAAAACGGGAGGAAAGCGAAGUCACCCGGGCGGUGUGUGAACAGCAGGUGCACAGGAAUACCAGCGCACCUGCCGCUACAGGCUGAGUCACUGCUGGGGAGGAGAAAGGUCUGGAGAGGGAACGAGAGAGGAGGAGGAGGAGGUGGAGGAGGAGGGGGAGAAGAAGAAGAAGAAGAAGAAGGGAGGGAGGCAGCGAGAUAAGCCACAACAGGAAGCAGCGACACACGCGCGUGGACAUACACACCGCGAGUUAGCGUGUGUGUGUGCGUGUCUGAGAGCGAGGCUGCGCGAACGAGAGGGUGAACGGGAAAGGAAGGGAGGGAGAGUGACGCGGAGGCUGGGAGAGCCGGCCCCCCUCCUCUCCUCCUCUCCCUCUCUUUCUCUCCUCUCCUCCUCUCCUCCCCUCCUCCCUCUCUCUCUCUCUCUCUCUCUGUGGAGCAGGCGUGUAGCGGCAUCAGACUCGGCGUGAAGGAACCAUGAGCGAUGUCACCAUCGUUAGAGAGGGAUGGCUCCAGAAACGGGGUGAAUAUAUAAAGAACUGGCGACCACGAUACUUCCUGCUGAAGACGGACGGAUCUUUCAUCGGCUACAAAGAGAAACCUCAGGAUGCAGACCUGCCCUACCCCCUGAAUAACUUCUCUGUAGCAAAAUGUCAGCUGAUGAAGACGGAGAGGCCGAAGCCAAACACCUUCAUCAUUCGCUGCCUCCAGUGGACCACCGUCAUCGAGAGGACCUUCCACGUGGACUCGCCUGACGAGAGAGAUGAGUGGACAGAAGCCAUCCAAAUGGUGGCCGACAAGCUGCAAAGACAAGAGGAGGAAAGGAUCCAGUGCAGCCCAACAUCAAACAUCGACAACAUGGUCGAGGAGGAGAUGGACAUUUCCACGACGCACCACAAACGCAAGACAAUGAGUGACUUCGACUACCUGAAGCUUCUGGGAAAGGGAACCUUUGGUAAAGUGAUUCUUGUCCGGGAAAAGGCCAGCGGGAAAUAUUACGCCAUGAAAAUCCUCAAAAAAGAAGUCAUCAUAGCCAAGGAUGAAGUGGCUCACACACUCACAGAGAGCAGAGUGCUAAAGAACACCAGACACCCCUUUCUUACUUCGCUGAAGUAUUCAUUCCAGACUAAAGACCGCCUCUGUUUCGUCAUGGAGUAUGUGAAUGGAGGAGAGCUGUUUUUCCAUUUGUCCAGAGAGCGAGUGUUCUCAGAGGAGCGCACGCGCUUCUACGGCGCCGAGAUCGUCUCAGCUCUCGACUACCUGCAUUCAGCCAAGAUUGUGUACCGGGACCUGAAGUUGGAAAACCUGAUGCUGGAUAAAGAUGGCCACAUCAAGAUCACUGAUUUUGGCCUCUGCAAGGAGGGCAUCACAGACGCUGCUACCAUGAAGACCUUCUGUGGCACUCCAGAGUACCUCGCACCUGAGGUCCUGGAGGAUAAUGACUAUGGUCGGGCGGUGGACUGGUGGGGUUUGGGCGUCGUGACGUACGAGAUGAUGUGCGGCCGACUGCCGUUCUACAACCAGGACCACGAGAAGCUGUUCGAGCUCAUCCUCAUGGAGGACAUCAAGUUCCCGCGCACGCUGUCGGCCGAUGCCAAGUCGCUGCUGUCUGGUCUGCUCAUCAAAGACCCAAACAAACGGCUCGGAGGAGGACCAGAUGACGCUAAAGAAAUAAUGAGACACAGUUUCUUCUCUGGCGUCGACUGGCAGGACGUCUACGAUAAAAAGCUCGUUCCUCCCUUCAAGCCUCAGGUGACGUCAGAAACAGACACCAGGUACUUUGACGAGGAGUUCACAGCUCAGACCAUCACAAUCACUCCACCAGAGAAAUUCGAUGAGGACGGGAUGGACUGUCUGGACAACGAGAGAAGACCGCACUUCCCACAGUUCUCGUACUCAGCCAGCGGGCGGGAAUGAACUGUCCAUCACAGUGACAUCAUCACAGCUGGUCUCUGAGGUCAUCAGUGUGGGACAGAAAAAGACCCACAGCUUCGAACCGACUCAGAACGACCCCGACUCGAAGGACUUUGCUCUCCUAGUUCUCUCUUUUUCACCUCUCCAGUCAGCUUCUCUGUUUCCGUUCUCUUAGUGAAUCCCGUCUUAGAGAAAACCUUCAGGCGAAAUUCCCGUCUAAUCCUGCACUGCAACCCCAGGUGAUCCGAGCUGUGAUGUAACGACCCUUUAAUGACAGGAGCGUCACCGGUGGCCUGCUGUGCUUUGACAUGUGUCGGUGCUGCCAAACCCCACAAAACCUCUGACGAUGAAGUUAGACGACAGCCGGUGUGUUUUUAAGGAGACGUUUUUGUAGCUUCUUAUCUGUACGACGGAGAUACAGCAUUUUAAGUCAUUCAAACUGCCACUACCGGUUGUAUCUCAGGCUUUUUGCAGAUACUCAGACACUGAUAUCAGAUCCUCAGUUAAGUAAUCCUGGGAUUGAUUGAGGCUGCCUGGCAGUGAGUGAGCAGAAUCCUUCACACCUCAUGUUUGUCGAGCAGGAUUUGACUCAGGUUUUGCUCAGUGCAAGUCAUUCUCGUUGUUGCUGCUAUUUCAACUACUACAACAACUACUACUACAGGUACUCUCGCUACUAUUAUCCUACUACUGCUACUCCUACAAUCCGGUGCUACUCUACUAGCUAAAUGCUGCUGAUCAUUAUGCAGGCGCCAGCAAAACAUCAGCCACCUGUGUUAACAUCUAUGCUUGCACAGCUGCAGAACAGCUGCUGCUCCUAAUGUACAGCUAUUACACAUCAACUCUGUAGAUUACGGUAAUGAGAGCAUGACAUGUUUGUGCGUUUACGUGUGUGCGUGUGAGAGCGUGCAAGGUCCAGUUGUGGGUUUGUGUUUCAGAACGCACCUCAAAGCACAGCAGUUCAGAAGGAUGAAGCCCCCAAACAUGAGCUUUACUACAAUGCCCACAAUGCAGUGCAAGGUAGUCGAUGACACAUAUUAACACGGAGGUGAAAACGAGAGGAAAGCAGCUGGUUUGAAUGUUUCCCCAUGAUAUUUUUUAUUUUUAUUUCCAGUCCCUCUGAGUUUAAAUUUCUUCUAUCCCAAAAGGGAAAAGGAAACGGUACUUUGUUUCAGUGUUGGAAAGCUUUACUGUGACAUUUCGUCAUCACGGCUUUGGGAUCCACACAGCUGUACCUCUCUGUCUCUGCAGGAAAAAGAGAAACUGCAGCAGCAACAGAUUUCACCACAGAGUGAAAAAGAGAAAGUCCAGGACGGCAGGGAGGGCACUGUGAGAGCGUACAGGUGAAAAGAAAGAUAUGUAAUGUUUAUAAUGUGAUUAUUUAUGACGCAGUGAGGUGACAGCUGAUCUCCUGCCAGCUUCUAAUGAAGGAUUGUGAGGAGGUAUACAUCAAGAGUUAUGGGUUUACAAGAAUCACAGCAAUGGCUAUUAUAUAUGUUCUAUUUAUUGUUCUACUCAUUGGUUUUAUAUUUAACUUUUUCUAUUGUUAUUACAUUAUUCUAGAAAAAAAAUAUAUUGUUAUUUCUUAGGGCUGAGAGGAAAAAAAUGCACCUCAAGAAACAAAAAUGGCUGAAGAAUGUAGGAGGGAAAGCGGAUUUAGCCUUCCUGCUCCAUCGUUUAAUUUAAUGAUGUUUUUGUGUUGUUUUGUGACCAAAAUAUGACGGGUGAGAGGUGGCAGGACGCGUUAAAGACAGAGGAUGGAAGUGUGGGACAAAGACAGAGACCCAGGAAGUUUUUAUUUAUAUAAACUUCAGGCAUUCAGUGUGAAGAUUUGCUUUCCAAGAGGAGUGAACUGUGAAGCAAGAUUAUUAGAACAGCAAGUAAGCCACAGAUUUACAUUGCUUUGGAUAAAAGUGUUCGCGACAUCAAACUGUAGAUUUCAAUGUCACAAAGGCUGCUCUCUCUUAACCUGCUAGAUCACCAUGGUAACUGAAGCGCUUCCCUUUUUCUGACCGGAUUCUAUAUGAGUAAUGUUGAGAAUGCAGUAUAUCUGCAAACUUAUUGAGCUGAAUGUUAGUAAUUUUACUGAGUGGAGUUGUGCGGUUACAGUAGCACACGUUAGCAGGAAUUUUUGGGCAGAAUAUCCCACCAAACCGUCAGUCGGCGCUCCGAGUCAGAGCAAACAACAGACAACAAAAUAACAUCCAGAACAUUCAUCUGGACGUCUGUCGUCACUUCUUCUGUGACGACUGACGGGGAAAUUCUGGGUUAUUCCAACUGAAAAUGAGUCUUUGUGGCUCCAAAAUCAGCUAAACAAGCCUCAAAACAGCCCUGCGAAGCUAAUUUAGCCGUAACGUGUAACAAAUCUAACAUGUGGUUGGAUGUACAAUGGGCAAAUUCUGAGAUAAUCCAAUUAAAAAUGUAUUUUUGUGGCUCCAAAGUCAGUCAUGUAUAAACAUGUUUAUGUUUACUACUAAAACCAUUUCAGAUUGUUGAUAUUACAGCUAAUAGAUUUAGCUGAGUACAUCAAUCAGUCAUUAAUCUUAAGCUUUGAUUUGGCUUAAGAUAAUUUCCACGUAUCCUUCAUUAUGGGACGAUGUCAGACCUAAAUGCACUCUUUAGCUAUCAUAUUUAAAUGAGUUAAGAGUUUUAAUGUGCCGCUGUCGUGUUAAAUAUAAGCAGCUGCAUGAAGACAGUACUGAGUAGUAAAUAUACUACAUAUAUAUAAUUAACUAUUUUCUAACAUUCCUUUCUUGCCUCAUUGCAUCAACAGCACCUUUUACUGUAAUUUACUCUGCAAUAUAACAACCUGUUCCUCUUGACUGAAGUAGAAAUCAAUCAAAAACUUUGUCAGCAACUCGCACAAAGAAAGCCUGGCUAAGUUGCUUCAUAGUUCACCCCUCUGACUGGAUACUGACACAGAUGUUCCUCCUGUUUAAUCUUAUCACAGCUGUGUGAUGGUGAAGGCAGAGUUCAGAGAGGAAGGUGAAGCGGAAGUUGAGCAGAAAGAAAACGGCACAAAAGUCUGAAUGUGAGGCGUUGAGGAAAGGAAGAGACUCAAAGCUGAGCUGUAAGUGCUACUGUUUAACGUAAGUGUUGUCGCGAAAAGAGGCCAAAGAGUGUUCGGAUCAGAGACGUCGUCUAAGGUCAGUCGACGUUUUCCUGUCGGUUCUUUGGAUGUUUAGAUGAGAAAAUACAUUUUCCCUCCACGUCAGAGUCGGGUCCCUCCGCUGUGUUUGAGGCGUGCUGUCACCUCUCCUGUCAGGACUUUGUUUGUUUGCGGUUGUUUCAUCGUCAUGUCUUCCAGUCUAGCCAACAAGAUUUAAAAUCCCCUCGAUUUCUCUGUCUUCAAACGCCGGGUACGCCUUAUGGUUUAGCUCAGAACAAGUCAAAAAGAAAAACUUUGACAUCCAGCACUUCUGAGUCAAAAACAGAAACAAAUCACCAGAUGUGAGGUAGUAAAUUUUUAAAAAAAUGUUCAAUCUCAACUACAUUAAAACAAACAAACGUUUUCAUAGUGUGGAAAAAAAUCACCUUCAGUAUCUGGCUGACAGAUUAAAGAGUACCGGGGGAUGUGCUCUUAUUAGGCAUAGCAAAUUGUAUUCCAGUAUAUUUAUUUGAAUGUUUUUAUUAUCAUCAUUGAUGGAUAACUUGAAUUUAUUUUCUAUUUAUUUGAUGUCAUUUUGUUUUGGUGUUUAGCAGUAAAGGGGCUGUAGUCGUGUUUCAACACUGUUCUAAAAAUAAAAAGCCCCCAGUUUUUCUUUUCCUUUACAGAUAUCCCUUAUACGACACAUUACCUGUUUUCCCGCUGCUCUUAAGUCCAUAUGCUUUACUGUUGCACAUCCAUUAAACUGCUACUAGCUAGCAAAGGCGCUUUAUGGCAGAAAGUAUAAAAGGAUGGCGCUGGCCUGCAUGCUGUAGUCCCCCUCUGUCCGCACAACCAGUCCUGAGUCAAAGUGGCACUCAGAACUCUUAUGAAAAAUACUUCUCUGUGAUCGAUUGAGCCUGUCUGGCAGCGCCCAAGCAGUUCAAAAUGAGUACAGAUCCCACCCAGCUGGCACCCUCGACAAGCUCAAGCAAACACUCCCAAGUAUUUGGAAGGAUUUCAGCUCUGAUUUGACCCAGGUCUGCGAGCGACUGAGGAGUUCUAGCUGUAUGUGCACGCUGAACGCCAGAAUCAUUAGAAACCAGAGUUCAUGAAGUACCGCUUUGUAGCUUUGGCCACAGCACUUUCAUACCCAUCACUUUUUAUAUGAUUCAGAGGAGUCUGAUUCAGCCCUGCUUUAAAGGAAGAUUUUUAGCUUUUCUUUUUUUAUGUUUUUAAGAAAAUGUGGAUUUUUAAAGCACAUCUCCCCUCCAUGUUUUGAUGUUGCUCUGAUGUCCAGCGUUGGCAAAAUCCUGGACCAAGCGUCCCACGUGCACUGGAAUUUUUAGGAAGUUGAUCAGUGUUUCUAAACUAAAACGUUUGUAAGAAUCCACUGAUCCCAUGUUGUCCCUGAAGAGUUUCCCUCCACACAUCCACGUUCAUGUCGUGGCAGCAACAAUGUCAGAAAGGUGAUUUUAGGAUCAAAGUGUUCUCCGGUGAAGCUUAGUAAUCCUCCUCAUCAGUGUGGGCUUUAGCUCAAAGAAUCAGUUGUGAACACGCGUCUCACCAAACUGAGGUUCAGUUUGAGCCUCCUCACAGCUUUACUGGUGCCCCAAACAUACUCGACGGUAUGUGAGAUCUCCGAUGCUGCUCUGACGGCGUUCACUCCUAAAGCUGCUGCUGUUUGUACUGUACAUCUAUCACACAACAGAUCUGACUCCAAUAGUGUUUCAGCAUCAUGUAAAAAUUCUUUCAAAGACCUCAGCUGCUCCGUAUUGAUCUCGUCCGUUGUUAAUGAACCGACAACUUCAGCCAAAAAUCACAAACGGCACUGCGCCUAGCGUCUAAUGCAGAUAAUAAGUGAACGGCUCAAGUGUUUGGAAUGAUCUCUGAAAGUAUUUGACCUCAUGUCUGCGGCGGAUUCCCCCCCCUCUCUUCUCUCUACGGUACUAGUCUACUAUCAUCAUGAUUAUUAACAUAAACAAGCAUGAGAUGCAUUUAUUUAUAAACAGCAAACAAAAAAAACAGCAAACGUGCAAAUAUUACAAAGUAUAACUGGGUUUUAACGCCGCGUCCGUCUACUGUAGCUCUACAGUUGUGUGAGACAUGUUUCCCCGACGUGUCGGAGGAGCAGAGGCCGUGUUGACUCUGAGACAGUGUCGGGAAACUCAGCGGAUCCAGAAAGAUUCACAGAAAAGCAGAUCAAACAGGCUUUUUCUGUCUUCAUGCUGUCAGGAUGCAGUGCUGUUGGCCAGUGAGGCCGCGAGGAUGUGAAAACAACAAUUACCAUCAACAUGAAGCUGUUUUUUUACACUGUACAUCCUUAGUAUUUUUACACAUAAAAUGUAUAUGAUAGGGAUGCACAUUAUUUUCCUUCUUACAGACAGCUUCAAUAAAGCACUAUGUCAAUCUGC